CAAACUGUGUUGGUGUCUCGCAACCCCUCUGUCAGUGGGUUUGCCCGUUGCAUGACAAGUGAACCAGCUGUAUAUAUCUGCUGGAGCCUGGGAGCUGCUGGUCAGUCGGGUUCACCGUGCGGGAGGAAUGGCAGGCUGGGGGGGCUUCUUCGUUUCUCUCCUCAACUACAAGACGGAGAAAUAUGUCAUCGCAGAAAACAAGAAGAUCGGAAUAUUAUUCAGACUCUAUCAGCUGGCCGUGCUGGGAUACAUAAUAGGGUGGGUGUUUGUGGUGAAGAAAGGGUACCAGGAGAAAGAGGAGGCCAUCCAGACCUCAGUCAUCACCAAGCUUAAAGGUGUGACACUGACCAACAGCUCUGAGUCAGGGCUUCACCUGUGGAGUGCUGAGGACUACGUCAUACCUCCAAACGGCGAGCAGGUGUUCUUCAUAGUAACAAAUUACAUAGAGACCCCCAAUCAGAGACUGGGGUUCUGUGCUGAGAGUUUCAAGGUGCCGAAUGGACGAUGUCAAAGUGAUGAUGACUGCGUCGAGGGGGAGACUGUAUUAGCCGGCCAUGGAAUCAAGACCGGCUUGUGUUUAAACAGCACUGGGACCUGUGAGAUUCACGCCUGGUGUCCUGUUGAACACAGCAGGAGACCCACAGAGCCCUUACUGAGCGAAGCAGAAAACUUCACCAUCUACAUCAAGAAUUUCAUUAGGUUUCCAAAGUUUGAAUUCUCCAAGUCGAACGUCCUUGAAACGUCUGAUGACAACUACCUGAAAAGAUGCUUGUACGACAGAGAGACCCAUCCUUACUGCCCUAUCUUCCGCCUCGGAGAUCUGGUCAGCUGGACUAGACAUGACUUCCAGGACAUGGCUGCUAAGGGUGGGUCUGUUGGUAUUCUUAUUGAGUGGAACUGUGACCUGGAUAAAGACUCUUCACAGUGUAAUCCACAGUACAGCUUCACCCGUUUAGACAUGAACCUGAACAACUCAGUCACAUCAGGAUACAACUUCAGAUAUGCCAGGUAUUACAAGGAUGAAAAGGGUGAAACGUAUCGCACUUUGUAUAAAGUGUAUGGAAUUCGCUUCGAUAUAAUGAUCAAUGGCCAGGCUGGGAAAUUCAAUAUUGUUCCCACAAUAAUUGCCAUUGGUUCGGGUGUUGCUCUGCUGGGUAUAGGAGCCUUUGCAUGUGAUAUGAUUCUACUGUACAUGAUGAACACCAGCUCCUUCUACCGAGAGAGGAAGUUUGAAAUCAUCAACUUCAAGAGAGACCGGACCAAACACAAGGACGGAAAGGUGGGACCCCGGGAGAAGAGAUCCAGGAAACCAGCUGCAGAGAAAGGGGCCGGCAACUCUGUCAAAAAGCCUGAGGAAGCUGAACCCGCCACAGAGAGCGAGCCAUCAGUGGAGAGACGUGGUCCCACCAUUCCACGCAACACAGGACAGAGAUACUCGGCCAUUGUCUCUACUCAAGGUGAUGGAACCAAAAGUCGGACUGAGGUCCACUUCUCACCUCCUGGCACGACUGCUGGCAUCCCACUAUCCUGAGUGAUGCUUGCCUUGACUGAAAAUGUGUUGGUCCAGGGAAAUGUCGAUGUUCUGCACUGUGGGCCAGGACACUGAUUUAGAGACACACAGUAGGGAGGUUUUCAGUGGCUGGGUCGGGAACCAAAGGUGGAAUGUGGGAGAUUACAACAGGUCCAUAAAUAAUGAUAUACAAAAGUACUGUGAUAAUGCUGAUGCACUUACAGUGACAUAAGACUAAGACUUUUAGUGAAUUGCCAAAUAUAUGCCAGUUACUGCUUUAGAAAUGCAUUCUUUUUAUCUGUUUCAUGUCAUAAGUUGCAUUCAGAAAGUAUUCAGACCCCUUCACUGUAUCACAUUUCGUUAUAUUGCAUCCUCAAGCUAAAAUCAUUUAAAUUAAUUUUCCUCUACACAAAGUGACUAAGUGAUAAAUAUCUCUGGAGCUCAGCCAGAGUGACCAUCAGGUUCUUGGUCACCUCUAUUUCCCAGGCCCUCUACCUGAUUGUUCAGGUUGGCCGGGAGGCCAGCUCCAGGGUGAGACCUGGUUGUUUCAAACUACUUCCAAUUAAGAAUCAUGGAGGCCAUUGUUCUCUUGGGAACCUUCAAUGCAGCAGAAAUGUUUUUACAGCUUCCACACAAUCCUGUCUCUGAGCUCUGCAGCAGUUCCUUCCUCCUCAUGGGUUUCGCUCUGAUACACAUCAUCAGCUGUGAGACUUUAUAUAAACAGGUGUGUGUCUUUCCAAAUCAUGUCCAAUCAGCUGAAUUUACCAGGCGGACUCCAAUCAAGGUGCAGAAACAUCUCAACGGUGAUGAAGAGAAAUGGAGGAACCUGAUCUAAAUUUCAAGUCAUAGCAAAGUGUCUGAAUACUUAUGUCAAUGUGAUAUUUCUGUUUUUUCUCUCUAAUAAAUUAAAAAAAUUCUUUAA